AUGGAAGUAUUGAGAGGUUUAAGGCUCAUAGUGGUGAAAGGAUACACACAACAAGAAGGAAUAGACUACACAGAAAUAUUUUUACCAGUGGUAAAAGUGACCACUGUGAGAGGACUCAUAGCAGUAGUAGUAAAAAGAGGGUGGAACAUGUUUCAACUAGAUGUAAAUAAUGCCUUUCUUCAUGGAGAUCUGAAUGAAGAAAUGUUUAUGGAAAUCCCACCUGGGCUAAUGGUACCUGAACCAGGGCUGAAUGGGACAUCCUUGGUGUAUGUAGCAGUGUAUGUAGAUGAAGUGAUACUCACAGGAACAGAGCUUGAAGAAAUAAAACUUUUGAAGAAAUUCUUACAUGAUAGCUUCAAAAUUAAAAAUCUAGGAAGAUUACAGUAUUUCCUUGGAUUUGAAAUUCUUUACAAGGACGAUGGGGUCAUCAUCUCUCAAAGGAAAUUUGUCAUUGAUCUUUUGAAAAAGUACAACUGUCUCAACUGUAGUCCCUUAUUAUCACCCCUUGAUCCAAAUGUGAAAUUAAGAGCAAGGGAAGGGGCUCCUCUACUAGAUCCCAGCUGCUAUAGAAAGUUGGUUGGAAAAUUGAAUUUUCUAACUAACACAAGACUGGGUAUAGCCUUUAGUGUUCAGCAUCUAAGCCAGUUCAUGCAAGAUCCAAGGGAACCACACUUAAAGGCAGCUUCUCACUUAUUGAGAUACCUGAAGGCUGAUCCCAGCUUAGGGAUUUUCUUCUCCAAAGAUGCUGACUACACAGUGAAAGCAUACUAUGAUUCUGAUUGGGCAUCAUGCCCAGACUCCAGGAAAUCCGUAACUGGGUACAUUGUCCUACUGGAAAACAGUCCUAUCAGCUGGAAAUCAAAGAAGCAGGAAACCAUCUCUUUGUCAUCAGCAGAAGCAGAAUAUAGGUCCAUCAGAAAAGUAGUUGUUAAGCUGGUGUGGUUACAAAGGCUACUUGAAGAACUCACAUUCCCAUUCUCCAGUCCUAUUGUAGUAUUCUACGAUAGUCAAUCAGCACUUCACAUAGCAAGGAACCAGUUUUUCAUGAAAGAACGAAACAUAUUGAAGUCGAUUGUCAUUUUGUUCGAAACAAACUGCAUGAAGGCCUCAUUUCCCUACAUCAUAUUGGGAUUGAUCAUCAACUUGCCGACAUUCUCGCUAAAGCCUUAA